AUGGAGUACGCGGCAGAGGAACAUUACAAUAUGUUCCUCGAAAGCCGCGACUCCGAGGGGAGGCCGAUUAGAUGGACGGCGAACCACCGUGCUCGGAGGCGAUUCCAGCACCGGCAGUGCGCAAUCGCCAAAUGGCGAGAGGCGUUAGUAGCCUCGGGGGACACUACCCCGGGGCUCCGCGUCGUCGGUGCAAUCGGGCCCCUCCUCGACCAGUGGGUCGAUAGAGGAUGGGGCGGGUUGUCCUUCCGAAUGACGCAGGUGCUGACUGGGCAUGGCUGCUUUGGUCACUACCUGUGUCGUAUCGGAAGGGAGCAGAACUCCGGCUGCCACCACUGUGCGGCCGAAGACGACACCGCCCAGCACACGCUGGGCGAGUGUCCGGCGUGGGCGGGAGAGCGGGAGGCGCUCACCUGCAUUGUGGGGCAGGACCUCUCCCUUCCAGCGGUGAUCACCGCGAUACUCGAAGAGGAGAGGUCCUGGCACGC